AUGAGAUGUGCCUUUUUCUCAAGGUUAUUAAUGUUCUUGGUCUUGGCUACCCCAGCUUUCAGUGUCAUCUCUGGCCCUAAAGCCUCUCUGCGUUUCUCCAGAUUCUUGGAUCCUUCCAAUCUGAUGUACCUACUCUGGGACUUUGACAUUAAGGCUGAAAUGAUCACUUUUGAGUUACGGGUACAGACAACUGGCUGGGUGGGUCUCGGUAUCACUAACCGCUACACCAAUGUGGGGGCUGAUCUAGUAGUCGGGGGAGUCUUACCUGAAGGCAACAUAUACUUUUCCGACCACCAUGUUGUGGAUGAUGACACCUUGGAGGAAGAUGGGAGCCAGGACGCCAAGCUGCUUUCUCUGACUCAGGAUGCUGUCUACACCACCAUGUGCUUCUCCCGGCCCUUCCGCUCUUGUGACCCUCAUGACCAGGACAUUUUGGAUGAAACUAAUUGGGUCCUGGCAGCCUAUGGCUUGGAUGACACAAUACGUCUAGAAAGGAAUAGGACCUUUGUCAAAUCUAUCUAUCUGCUACAAAUUAUUCACCCUGAUGAUCUUACAACUCCAGGAAGUACCAUCAUACAUGAUUUAGAGAUCCGUGACUUUCUUAUCCCAGAAGAUGACACAACCUAUAUCUGCACCUUUCUUCUUCUGCCCAUUGUCAAGAAGAAGCAUCACAUCUACAAGUUUGAGGGGAAAAUAACCCCCCACAAUGAGACAAUGGUGCAUCACAUUCUGGUUUACGCUUGUGGCAAUGCCAGUUCCCUUCCCACGGGUCUAAAUGAUUGCUAUGGUGGUGACCCUGCCUUCUCCCUCUGCUUCCAGGUCAUCAUAGGCUGGGCUGUUGGUGGCAAUAUAUAUCAGUUCCCUGAUGAUGUGGGUUUCUCCUUGGGGACUGCUUUGGACCCUCAGUGGAUCCGGCUAGAGGUUCACUAUAGCAAUUUCAAUGGUCUGACAGAUGAGCUGCUGGUGGAAUGUGACUACCAGACCCUGGAUCGUACCAUGCUGACUUUUGGUGGCCUAAGCACCUUGAAUGAAAUGUGUUUGAUCUUCCUUUUCUAUUAUCCCUGAAACAACAUUUCCAGCUGCAUGGGCAUGCCAGAUAUUAUGCAUGUUGUACGGGAGUUGGGUCAGGACCCUGCAGAUAACAUGGAAGCAAUGGUGAUGUUGAAUGAUAUUGAGUGGAACAAUGAGAGUAUCCAGAAGGCAGAAGAAGUCUGAAGAGAUUCAGAACAGGUGGUGAUUAUAAAGAGUGUGAAUGAAGUGGUGAGAAAUGAAACUGGCUGGAUUCUCACCAUCAUAUCUCCACCUCGGGGUCCUUGUUUGGAAUCUUCAGGAGGCAAAGUGGAGUCCCAGGACAAUUUAAGUUUCCGAAGUAUCUCCAAAAUUCCUUCAGACUCUAGUCCUUCCAGCCCCAUUCACCAGUUCUUCUCUUCCGUACUUGUGGUAACAUCAACUUUGGUUGGCAUCCUCAGUGGUUUCCUUGGUGAGAUAUGAGCUUCAGGAUCACACCCUACCCCCACCUCUCUAUACUUGUGAUUUUCUUUUAUGCCAUCCCCAAACAUGUCUAAUUUCUGAGCUCUUGAUCCAUUAUUUCUCUUUGUAAAACCUUCUAGGCACUCUUUCAGCUAGGUAAUUUUUUGAGCAUUUUUUUUUUUUUUUUUUUUUUACCAUUCCUGAUAUUCUUUUACCGAGGAAAGCAAUACU